AUGAAGGGCCUUGGUGAACCACAAAACGGUCAAUCGAGGCCUACACCAGAGAUGCUGCACGCGAACAAUGUGGACGAGUUUGUACUGGAAGAUUUCCCUGAUCAGGCAAAAAUACUUCGGGCGCACAUACGCGAUGGAGCGCGAUUGUCACCGAAGUGCUUCGUUGACUACGUGACCUAUGAGGACGUGAAUAGUAUGGGUGGCGUGAUUAGUUCGGAUACUCACAUUGCUGAGAAUGCGCCGCUACAGCGGUUCACUGGCACUGAGCCGAUCACUGAUAUUGAUCCUUUUUGGAACAACUUAUUGUCGUUCAAUCUGAAGAUCGAUGAUUAUGAUACAUCCGAAUAUCAGGAUGUUUUCAGGGCGCAGGCGAAAGCAUUUGACGAAUCACUCAACGAUUUUCUCCAGGCAUUGAUGUAUAAUACACAGACGAGCGGGAAUUUCGCAGCUUUUAUAAGAGUGUUCAUACGACGAUCGACUGAAUUGAAAACUUCGGAACAAUAUGAAAAUAAAAUUUAUCUGUGGCAAACCUCUAAUGCUUUGAUUAUUCUGCGGUACAUUUGCAAAUUUCUCACUCAGCGAAUGACGGAAGCCGAGUUCGUCAAAGUUUUUGCCACUUCGGCGUCUGCUGCAUCGUCUUCAGAAGGUUCCUCUGAUGAAGAGGGUGAGUUCUUUGCUUCUUUCGUUUUCCAUUCCCUUGUAAGCGUUGAACUUUUAGGAGAAGCAGAAAACGACACCGAUUCUGAUUCACUGUAUUCUAAUACGGCAGAAAAACUUGUCGAUAUUCUAAUUAAUAUUCUUGCCGAUUUACCUGUUAGUGAAAAUACCAUGGCGAUUCAUAUAGAAGCCGUAAAGUGCCUCAUAACAAUGCUCAGUUCUCAAUUAUACAAUGAUGCAGUUGCUAAUACUUCAGUGAUCUUUUCGUACUUCAUCAACGGUGCAUGCAGUAAACAAGCUGCAGUUCUGACGAAAACCCUUCUGCGAAACUAUUUGACCCAUAAUAGUGAAUACCACCCACUCAAGAAAAACGAAGGCGGUAGCAUUGUGCUUGGAUUAGCUUCUUCCAUCUGGUCCGUAGUACAAGCCGUUAGUGGCGCGGAGGAAGAGCCAGAUCCGGUACCGGAAUAUCCUCUAACCUUGGGCAAUCUAAGCAUAUUGUUGCUUCUGAAUCUUGCCUGCCAUCAUCCAGCAAAAGGAUGUAACCCCUUCAAGGAAACCCUGGCGUUAUUUCAGAAUUCCCAGGAGGUUUCCAGUCUUGCUUCGGACAAAAUCACUUUCAAACUUGAUUACAACGCACUGUAUGAGAGACUAUGCGCUACUGCUUGUCAAGAGCCACCAAUGCUGCUACUUUACUUAUUGUUACAUCGUAACUGUGGUUUUAGGAAUUUCAUCCUAUCAAGGAUUAAUCUGGAGAAUCUCGUACUACCUGUGAUAAAAAUUCUGCACGAAGGUAUCGCUUCAUUAACCUCCAACUCGCAUCAUAUGUAUCUCGCUUUGAUAGUCAUGCUUAUUCUCAGCGAAGACGACUUCUUCUGCAAGAUUAUCCACGAAACGACCAUACGCGAUGUCGAUUGGCUUGAAAUUGAUCGGCCUGUGCGAGAGAUAUCUUUAGGCGGUAUUUGUGUGAUGGUGUUUGUGAGAACUAUUCACAAGAAUGCAAUUCGUAUGCGGGAUCGCUAUUUACACACGAAUUGUUUGGCCGCCCUUGCUAAUAUGUCCGCCUAUUUUAAAUACCUUUCUCCAGUCGUGUGCCAAAAGAUGAUUGCUCUUUUGGAGCUGCUCACCAAGCGUCAUGUUAAAAUGGUUGAGCAUAUGCGAUCGAACUCCGGACAGGAUUCUACUGAUGGAUCUUCACCCAGCUAUAGAUUAUUAAUAGUGCGCUUUGNCACCAAGCGUCAUGUUAAAAUGGUUGAGCAUAUGCGAUCGAACUCCGGACAGGAUUCUACUGAUGGAUCUUCACCCAGUUAUCAUGACGAUGUUACUGCUUUAGAAGAAGGUAUUCGUACGUUGUUAGAGAUUAUUAAUAGUGCGCUUUGCGGAAAUCUACGUAACAAUCCACACCUCAUCUAUACACUUUUAUAUCAUCGGAACCUUUUUGAUUCGUAUCAACAGCAUCCCAUGUUCCAGGAUCUCCUCCCAAACAUCACUAUGGUCAUCUCCCAUUUCUCUUCGAAGGUGUUGAAUGUUAGAGCUGGAGAUGGAAACGCAAUUAUGGAAGUAAUAGAGAAAGAAGCUCUUGUUUUACCAACCGAUCGACUAGCCAAGUUCCCCGAACUUCGGUUUAGAUAUGUGGAAGACGAGAACACCGUUGACUUCUUUGUCCCGUAUGUAUGGCGGUUGACAAUUCAGCAUUCUACCAUUCCUUUCGAAAGCUCCAGGGUGAAGCUUUUCAAUGCCCGUGUGAUCAACGCUUCUAGUUGA